GAUUUUUUUAUUACUUUUUCUGCUUCUUGAAAAAACAAGUGUAACACUUGGCCUAUUAUUAAUCCGAUUGUUGCUUGUCUGCUCUUUAGAAAAGAAGCAACAAUAAGUCUAUUAUACAAACAAUUAUUACCAGCAUUUUUUACUCUUUUUCUCAUCGUCUCACUAGUACUUUUAGAAGCUAUUAUAAUUAAUUUACAUCUUUCCGGAAGCAGACAUAAAACUUCCGGAAAGUUUAUUUUUUUUAAUAAAAAAAUGCUCUAUUUCCGGUUUUGCAACCGGAUAACUUUCUCUCUCUCUUUUACUCUCUUCUAUUUUUACUUUAGCACAAUAUUCGCGCUCUCUUUUUCACACUCAUUUUCAUUCUCACAAAAUUUAUCUAGACUUGAGAGAAGGGGGAGAGGGAGAGGAAUAAAACCGGUCACCUCUCAUUUUCUUUGUUUGGCCAAUCGCUCUUUCAUUAUAUAGCUCAUCCGCAAUCUUCACCCUUUAAAAAAACUAUAUAACGGCUUAGUCAACAUUAAGUAUAUAACAAAGAGACUAAAAAAUAUACAAAAAUGUUACUCAUUCUUUACCCUCAUUCUUGUAUAUAUUGAUCUACAAUUGUUGUAUUUUUUUGACUUGAUCACACAAAAAAUUAUUUUAUUUUCUUCGAAAAAAUAAGUGUAUUAUUAACGUGAAGAGACACAACAACAAAAUAUAUAAAAUAUUGGAAGCAGACAUAGAAAGUUUCCGGAAAGUUUCAGCAGAAAUAGUUAGAGAAAAGAUGAGCGACAGAAUUAUUUCUAGACAACAUUUCCGGAAAAAUAUAGCAUAACUUUAAAGUGAGAGAAAAGCUUCCGGAAUACUACUACUUUGCUUUAAAGGCAGACAACAUUUCCGGAAAAAUCACCACCUUUAAUGAGAGAAAAGUUUUCCGGAAAAACACUACACUACUUUAAAGAUAGACACAACUUUUCCGGAAUGAGAAACAACAUUAUUAAAAGGAUAGACAACACUUCCGGAAAGAAAGACUACACUUUUAGAGCGUUAAAGAAAGCUUCUAUAAUUAAUGAGCUUUCCGGAAGCAGAAAUAAACCUUCCGGAAUUAUCACUAGAACAUUAAUUUUUACUCUUUUUCUCUUCCAAACAAAUGCCCAGUGUCCAACAUUACAAUCCCCAUGUAGAUGUGCCCCUUCAAUAUACGAACCGAUAGCUAUUAUUUGUGAAAAGGCUGGCAGUUUAGAAAAUGCUUUAAGGGCAGCUCAACCUGCCAAACAUUUAUCAAUUGAUUCUUUGAGUAUUUUGGAUACUGCAUUGCCUUCUUUACCUUCAAAUGCUUUUUAUGGGUGGACUAUUCUUCGUCUUGUAUUAAAUCGAAAUACUCUUUCACAUGUAUUGGAUGGAGCUUUUAAUGGUAAUUUGAUUGAUUCCCUUGUAGAGUUGGACUUGUCAGAAAAUUCUCUUUCACAGAUUGGGACACAGUUCGGCGGCCUUUCCCAACUUCGAAAUCUUCGAAAACUUUAUCUAAAUAAAAAUGGAAUUUCUCAGUUACCAACAAAUUUGUUUGCAGAAUUUUUAAGCAGAGAAACUUUAUUAAAAUUAGAAUUGAGAGCAAAUCAUUUAACAGACCAAUCAUUUGGAACAACUUUGCAGCAAAAUAAUGAAGGGACAAGUGUUUUUUCACCUUUAAAAAAUUUACAAGAAUUAAGUUUGGAAACAAAUCAGUUAACAAUGAUACCAAGCAGUGCUUUAUCUGUUCAGAAAGAAACACUUAAAAAUUUAAAUUUGGGAUUAAAUAUGAUAAGGAAUUUAUUUUUUAUUUAUUAGAGAGGGGGUGUUAAAAGGAAGUAACGGGUUAUCCAAUACCCAAAAUGAGGACUUUUUUAAAUCCGGAAUCCGAUACCCGCCCCGAGAAAUUUUUGAAACUCGACUCGAGGACCGACUUCCUCCCCCCCUAAUCUCCCAACUUCCCCUACCCUCAGACUUUUUUAGACCCAAACGCGACUCGACUUUAUUUUCUCAACCUGUG